GUCUCCACUCUCUCCUCUGCAGCUGAUGCUCCAGCACCUCCUGAACAUCCAUCACCAUGAAUAGCUUUUCCUCCAGAUCCCUGGGUGGUUUCAUGUCCGGCGGCGGCCUCAGGAUGUCCUCCGGCUCCUCUGCCAUGUCCAUGUACAGCGGCGGCCGCGGCGGAGCCGGUGGUGGUGGAGCCUCCAGCUACGGUUUUAGCUUCGGUGGAGCAGGCGGUGGUGGCGGAGCCUCCAGCUACGGUUUUAGCUUCGGUGGCGGCGCCGGUGGUGGAGCAGGCGGUGGUGAUAGCAUGAACAUCCCUGCCAACGAGAAGGCCACCAUGCAGAACCUGAACGACCGUCUGGCCACCUACCUGGAGAAGGUCCGCAGCCUGGAGGCAGCCAACGCCGAGCUGGAGAAGAAGAUCAGGGAGUUCCUGGACAAGAAGACCUCACCGUCCGCCAGAGACUACAGCGCCUACUAUGCCACCAUCGUAGAUCUGCAGGGAAAGAUCCAGAGAGCCACUGUAGACAACGGUGGGAUCUACCUCGCCAUCGACAACGCCAAGCUGGCCUCUGAUGACUUCAGGAUGAAGUAUGAGAACGAGAUGUCCAUGCGUCAGUCGGUGGAGGCCGACAUCGCUGGGCUGAAGAGGCUCCUGGACGACCUGACUCUGGCCAGGUCUGACCUGGAGAUGCAGAUCGAAGGCCUAAGGGAGGAGCUGAUCUUCCUGAAGAAGAACCAUGAGGAGGAGCUGCUGGCCACCAGAACGCAGAUGAGCGGCCAGGUGAACGUGGAGGUGGACGCAGCUCCAGGACAAGACCUGAACAAGAUCAUGGAGGAAAUGAGGGAGCACUACGAGUCCGUCGCCGCCAAGAACCGCAAAGACCUGGAGGCCUGGUUCCAGAACAAGACAGAAGGGCUGAACAAAGAAGUCGCUGCCAACACAGAAACGAUGCAGGUAUCCAAGUCAGAGCUCACAGAGCUCAAACGGACCCUGCAGGCCCUGGAGAUCGAGCUGCAGUCACAACUCAGCAUGAAAGCCGGUCUGGAAGGCACGCUGGCGGAAACCCAGAACGGCUACGCCAUGCGACUGGCGGGCUUCCAGAACCAGGUGUCGUCUCUGGAGGAGCAGCUGAUGCAGCUGAGGGCCGACCUGGAGCGGCAGCGACAGGAGUACCAGGUGCUGCUGGACAUGAAGACCCGACUGGAGAUGGAGAUCGCAGAAUACCGCCGCCUGCUGGACGGAGAGGGAGGCGGCAGCAUCUCGUCCUCCAAGGCCUCCUCCACCUCGGCCUCCACCUCGGCCUCCACCUCCGGCUCCUCCUCCACCACCACCACCACCACCAGGUACGUCGUUGUAGAGGAGGUGUUGGUGGACGGAAAGGUGGUGAGCACCUCCACACAGGAUGCCUAGGGAGCCGGAGACAGCGCCCCCUGCUGCAGAAAUGGAAACAACAACUAAAAUCUGCUUUAAAAUAAAAUCAGAUUUAAAAAAUCCA